ACUAUCGUUCGGUAACGCCGAGUUGUUAGACUCCGGGUUAACUCUUUGACCCCGAAAAAAUAGGUAGGUUGUUUUAACUCCACUGAUAAUAAUGCUUAUCUACGAAGAUAACAAAAUCAAAAUUAUUAUAUGAUUACGAAUUUUCAUUUUUCAUUACACUUGCGACAAAUAUUUUAUACCCUAAGUCCUAAACCUAACCACCUUUUAAAGUUUUAACUUUAAGUGCUAACCAUAGACCUUAUACUCAGAGUAUAAGGUCUAUGGUGCUAACUGCUAAUUAUAUACAUUAUAUUUUUAUCAGUACGAAAAGAUUGAUAACAAUAUAUCGUUCGGUUAUUCGGAGUAAUGUGGUUUAGAGUACAGCUACUAUAAACUCUACUAUAAACUCUAACUAAACGUACUCUACUCUAACUAUUCAUAUUCGAACGCAUGGGUCUUGUCUUCAUCUUAGCGUCUUGCAUUUUACAUGACUAUCAUUUUAUUUACUGCCUAUUAAGUAAUUUUCUACUUUUGCAGUAUUAGUUACUAUUACCGAGUAUAUUUAUUCAGAAGAAUUGAUUAAAAAAUUAAAAACUACCAAAUUCAAAAUAAUUUCUUUUAGGUAACUGGACAUUUAAUUCAGUAUUAUUUAAAUUAAAUACAAUGUAAUACAAAUGGUAAUGAAGUAGGGAUUUAUAGAUAUCAUUUCAAAUUGAUUCUACUGUAUUGUGAGUAGCUGGAUAUUAUUUUAUUCCUUGACCAUGAAUAAUAAUAGCAGUGUCACUGCUGGAAACUCUGUGGUUUUUUUGGAUAUCGAAAUUGCUCAAGAAAAAAUUGGACGAAUUGUUAUUGAAUUAUUUAAUAAUGUGGUACCUAAAACUGCUGAAAAUUUUAGAGCUCUUUGUACGGGUGAAAAAGGUAAUGGUUUAUCAGGAAAGCCACUACAUUUAAAAGGGUCAUCGUUCCAUCGAGCUGUUCCAGAAUUUAUGAUCCAGGGUGGUGACAUUACUGCUGGUAAUGGAUCUGGCGGUGAAAGUAUAUAUGGUUUGUUUUUUGAGGACGAAAACUUUGAACUACUGCAUGAAGAACCUGGAGUUUUGAGUAUGGCAAACACAGGCAAUAAAAAUACUAAUAAUUCCCAGUUUUUCAUCACAACUGCUCCAUGUUCACAUUUGGAUGGCAAGAAUGUUGUUUUUGGAAAAGUAAAAAGAGGAUUUUGUGUGGUUCAGACAAUUUCUGCAACUGCUACUGAUAAUGAUAUCCCUAUUAAUCCUUGUAUAAUUACAGACUGUGGUGAGCUACCAAGUGAUAGUAAUACUUGGAAUAUUAAUGAAAAUGAUACAACUAAUGAUGUUUUUCCCCCUUUCCCCGAGGAUUGGACCAUUCAGCCAAUUGAUCUUGAUGUAAUACAAAUAUGUGAUGUACUAAAUAAAAUCAAAGAAUCAGGAAACCAAUUUUAUAGCUGUAAAAAUUAUUCAUGUGCUAGACAAAAAUAUGACAAAGUGUUACGAUAUUUUAAAUGGUAUAAAAGUUAUCAUAAAAAUUCUAAAAUGGAUUUAAAUAUGCUGGAAACCAUACAAACAAUUACAUUGUUAAAUUUGUCCACUGUUCAUUUGAAAGAGAAAAAUUACAAAAUUUCAAUUGAAUUAUCAGAACAAGUUUUAAACAUAGAUUGUAACAACGGAAAGGCACUUUUCCGUCUUGGUAAGGCCUAUAGAUCACUCAAUAACUAUGAAAAAGCAAUUAAAUAUUACAAACAAGCUUUGGACAUUUUUCCGGAUGAAAAAAACAUUUUAAUUGAGUUAAAAAAUGUAAAAGAAGCUCAAAAGCAAUAUAAAAAUACAGAAAAAAUGCUUUACUCGAAAAUGUUUUUAUCAUAGCAAGAU